GAAUAAACUAUUUUAAAACCAAAUUAGUUAUUUUAAAACUGUGAGAAAAAAAAAAUAGUUUCACAUCAAAAUUGCAAAGUAGGAAAUGACGAAGAAGAUUAAUGAAAUCCCACAUCUAGUAACUUUUAUUAGAUUGGUAGAAGAACGUCAUCGAGCAGACGACAAACAAAGUGACAGGCUUUAUGUCAACACAACGCAAGACUACUUAUCGAGUAGAUAUUGAAAGGUUGCCGUAAAUUUUCAUCGGCUUUUAACAUUGUAAAGUAGAAGCUGCUAUGCUUGCAGGUGAGAGAACUCCUUUAACCAUACCUAGGAUUUACAACACUGAGCCGAACUCUUCAAACGACAUCAUUCAGCAAUCAAAAGGCCUGUAAUUUGGAAACUUAGGUCACAUACCAUCUUCACAAUUUAUCGUCAGUUCAAGCGAUUAGAUACCAUGGCAGACCAUACAGAAGAUAAUGAUCCCUUUGAAGAAGAUAUUGUUUUUGAUCAGGCAGGUCUUUUGGGAGGAAAGAUGCCUAGAUCACGUCAGCAGUCAACAGUUGGUUUUCUGCCAACAUUUAUGUUGUUCAUCAGAACAGUGUUUCUGUGUAUAGCAUUUAUUGGACUGGGUCUCUGUGUUUCUGUCAGUGGAAGCCCACUGAUAAGAUUGGAAGUUGGGAUGGGAGUGGAAGUAGAUACUGCAUUUCAUAUUUUUACUGCGCGCUCAAUUGGUAUGCUGCUUGGAGGAAUGUUAGGAUCUCUCUUGUUCGACAUAUACAACCGUCAAUUUUUGAUGUUUGUGAGCCUUGUUUGGGUGGCAGUGUCAGUUACAGUGUUGCCUUUCACUGUACCAACAGCUCUUUGGUGGACAUUCACAACCACUGCUGCUUUAGGUGUCGGCCUUGGUUUUCUAUUCACAGGUGGAAAUGUUUUGUGCCUAGACCUUUGGGGACGACAAGGUGGUGCUUCUCUACAAUCUCUACACUUCAGUUUUGCUGUUGGAGCAUUCAUAGCACCAUUGGUCAUCCAUCCAUUCUUUGUUGGGAUGCAUCCUGCAGAAUUACACAACUUGACAGUAGUGCCAAAUGAUUUAACAUCCCAAGCAUCAGAAGCAGUACGGUAUGUACGAGAGGCUAAAGACUUUAAUAAUAAUGAAUCGUUAAACUUCAGCUCCCUUACUCCUGAGGAAAUUAAAGAGCUCACUUACCCUACUCAGCAUUCUUCUUUUGAGUCAUCAACAAAUGUGUCUUCAGUUACAGCCAUCACGCUUUUGAAUAGAAAUCAAAGUGAAGUUGUUUUACCAACAACUUCAUUACCCCCAUCAAACACAUCUCAUGCUGCAAAUGGUACUGAAAAACUCAGUGAAGUGAAAAAACCCUCAUAUACCAAUGGAAAUAACUUGAAGCCAGAUUUUGAAUCACGAUGGCAGAAAUCCCCCCAGAAAAAUACACAAAGUGAAGAGGGUAAGCAGCCUGAUAAGAGUGAAAGUACCACUGUCCAUUCUUUGAAUGGGGCUGAUAGUGGUAAUUUUUCUACAGCUUCUACUUAUACUAGUAAAGCUGCAGUUACUAAUGGAAUUACAGAAAUGUCAACGAGUCCGAGUCCUCCUUCCAUGAGUACUGCCAAAAUUUCACUUUCUACAAUUGACACACCGUCAUUAGAGGAGGUUAAAGCUCCUUCCGAAGUGCUUUUACCCUCUAAUAUUCAAAAAGAUAUACUAUCUUCUACUGGCAAACCAUCUCCAGUGAAUAUAACCACUCCAGCUUCCACUUUAAUACCAUCUACAUCCACAGCUACAACUGUUGCAACAACUGUGUUUGUAACCACUUCAUCGUCAACCACAACAACAUCUAAACCACCUAAGAUAAUUACGGGGCAGUCAUUUCCUGUAACUCCUGUUCCACAACUGAUAAUGCCUGAUCCCCAGGAUGAAUUGCAUGGAACAGAAAAAGAGUACUUUACUUCUAAUGAGGGAAAUUAUAAAACCCAAGCUGCAGUUAGCAUAAAUCCUGAGAAUUUAGGCUUGGAUAAUGAAUCUGAAGUAAGUUUUCACCAUGAAAUGUAUGUUGAUGAUAGUCCAGUUGAUGAUAAUAUUAGUAUACCAGAACCGGAGGUAUUAGAUCUCAAGGAACCUGUCAAGGAUGAAGCUUCACUUUCUAUGGAAGCUACCACAGUUUCAACAAAAAAUCCACUUGGACAGUCCAUAAUACAUUUUCUUAAACCAGGAACAUACAGUAAUGGUAGUGAUGAGAAUAACCAGUUUUUAGAUAAUAUGGCUCAACAUUUUAAAGAAUAUGGGGUAACUAAAGUCCAUUUAGCAUACAUAUGUAUUGGGAUAUUCAUCAUCCUUAAUGCUCUUAUAUCUGUAGUUAUCUUGUGCCAUAAUCCUAGAGAGCCAAGAUCAAAACAAGAGGAUGGAAAUAAUGAUGAAUAUCACAGAGGAAGAAUGAUAUUGUUUGUAGUCAUAUUUUCUGUAUUCAUGUUUAUGGCUGAAUCAUUGCAAGGAGCAGUUCAUCAUCUCUUAGCUUCAUCAACAACAAACACUGGACUGGAUGUCAUUAAGGAAUCUGGAUUAGAUGGCCAGGCUUUAUUUUGGGGUCUAGUAUGUCUGGUUCGCUUUUUGUGUAUUAUGUUAUCAGGUUGUUUGAGGCUAAAACCUGGAAAACUAUUAACUAUAGCAAUCAUUUUCUCUGUGAUUGGUUCCAUAUUCAUGACUAUAGGAUCUUUUGGUAAAGAGGAUUUCCUCUGGGGAGGGAUAAUUUUUAUGGCCUUAGGAUUAGCUCCAAUUUUACCAACUAGCUUACUUUGGAUGGCUCAGUAUAUGAGAGUUACUCAUCGCAUGUGUGCACUAAUGAUAAUUCUGGCCUCAUUUGGAAACUCCAUUACUCACCUUGCUUUAACUCAUGUCAUUGGGAGCUCUCAUCUUUAUGCAUAUAUUUUAAUUUUCAUCAGUGGUAACUCGUUAUUCUUUUUAUUUUUAUCAAUGUGUAUUUUAUAUACUGCACAACGUAGUAAGACUCUAGGUGUACCAAUUGGAUAUCAAUUAGCUAGUCAGCAUGAAGAGGAAGAUAGCAUAGAACUUACUCCAUCUGGGAGUGCAGUAUUUACACCAAGUGAUCCAAGAAUAAGAGAAAAUGGAGAAGCUGGUCAAUCACUUUUAAUUGAUUAGGAUAAGUGGAAAAAAUUUAAACUUAUUUGUACUGUAUAUCAUAUUUGAACACUAUGAAUUAAACUACAUGUACUCAGAUGUUUGCGCAAGUAUGUAUCUCUCUCUCUCUCUCUCUCUCUCUCUCUCUCUCUCUCUCUCUCUCUCUCUCUCUCUCUCUCUCUCUCUCAGGGCAAAAGUGUUUAUUACUUGGAAACCAGUUGCAGCUGGAGAAAACCCAUUACCUUAACGUUCUUAUUGGGAUCAUUCAGGUACAGUAUAGUCCCUUGUGAAGCUCAAUGACAGGAAGACUGUAUCUAGCAAAAGCUAGUUUUUAUUGUCUCUGACAGUUUACACUGUCUGGCAUUCUAGAGGGUACUGAAGGGUCUUUGUAAUGUCCGUUUGGCCCCCUCCUACAUUGCUGUUUGUCUCUGUUUUUGUCUAUUUCAUUUGGUCUUUUCAUAUUUAGCUGUCCAACUUCUUUAACUUUACCUUGCUCUUUUAUAAGAACAAAUCUGUUUGGUUAGACCUAUGAGAGUUUAGAAACGUGAUUAAAUGGGCUCAGUAAAGUAAUUUGUAACGCACGAAUAAUAUUAGUAGCUUUGGCUAUAUUGUAGCAAUAUGUAAUUAUUGUAAAUUACGUAAAACUGUAAAUAUAUUUUUGCACUCUGAAGCCAAGGAAGAGAGAGGUAGUUAGAAGAAUAGGGACAUAGGAAUAAAAACUUUGGAAAGAAGUCAAGAAGCAUUAAUGGAAAUUCUCAUUAAGUAUAGAUCUAAAAAGUUAUACAAGAAAACCAUUGUAGGGCAUUCAAAAGUCAGCAGAAGAGUGUGGUGUGACAUCUAGGAAGGACCAACUACAAAGAAAAACAGUGGAGAGAUAGAUAUGUAAAGAGGGGCAUAUAAUGAAAUAUGUAGUCUUCAAACCAUGGUUAGGCACAGCAGAAUCAGAUUGGUGAAAGGAAAUGUGUAGGUUAGCAAAGAGAAUAAAAAAGACUGAAAAACAUUAAAUGGGGAAGAAACUAUGUAACAGAUGGGAAUCGAGAAAGUAUAGCUGAAGAGAGAAAUAAUGCAGUUUUAGUGACACGACUUGUCAUAUGUACAGGACCAGAAAAUCAGUAAGAAUUGGAGAAUAUUUGUGAAGGUUAAGAGUUCCAUGGAGUAGUUGGGAAAUUGUAAAACCCAAGAUCCAGCAGGAAUAGUAAGUAGUUCGUUAAAAGCAUCAGACUAGUCAUUGGAGAGUUGGCAAGAAUAUAUUAAAAUCUUGUACAAGAAGAAAAGGGACUACAGAAGUAGGAAAUGAGUAUUAAUACUCUAAUAGUAUGCAAGUGAAAUUGGGAUGAGAUACAGUGUGAAAUGUGAGUAAGACUGCUGAAGUACAGUGAGAAAACAGAAGAAAGUUUUAGAGGAAAGAUUGAUAAAAUAGUGAUUGAACCAUGCCCUAAUUUCCAGAGUAAGGAUGAUGAUAGGCAAGUCAGAAGAAUUUUUGGUAAAUGGUAGUAUAUACAUGUUGAUACAUAAUUGGUGAUGUCUGCCAAGAGUAAAAAAUAUCUUUGUUUUGUAGUACAUACUUUUAGUGUUGGAGAAACCUGCAAAAGAUGGCAGAAAGGUAUCCAUUCAGCAAUGCUGUGCUACAAAUAAGAGCAGCAAGUUAAGUCCACAGAGUUAUUGCUGUUAAUAGUAUUGUUUUUUUUGUUCACAUAAUCCAAACAUUGAAAUGGAACAGGCUCAAUUGUAAUUAGUGGGUAGAACAAGCUUUCACAAAAAGUAAAUUAUGUCUUGGGGGCAGAAUGAGAUUGGCAAAUAACUUGAUAGACUUGGUAUUUUUAGAGUUCGGCCUCACAUCCAGAUGGUGACACCUCUUUUAAUGCUGACAGUAAUUGCAUUCCAUAUCUGGGUGGAUAGAAUAACCUCAGCAAAGGAAGCAUCUUGCACCGUCAUAUUUUAUGACCAGCACUCAUAGCACUUUUAUUGAAUGGAAUUAACAGUGGUUCCAGAGCAUUAUGUUGAACACCAGACAAUAAACAUACUUUAAGUAUUAACUCACAUUGGUGGAUGUUCAAAAAACUGAAUAUCAAAAGCAUGGUACACAUUGCUCAAGUUGCAAAACAUAUACGUACAUAAUGUAGAAAAGCACCAUGCCCAGUGGUGUCACUGGCAACUCUCAAUUUCAUUGGUUCAAAGAUUAAUCCCUGCUCAGGGUAAGAAAGAUUUUCACAGACACAUGACCUUAAUGCCCUUGUGAGUUAGUGGUGGGGGUUUGAGGUGUCCAUGGGUAUACCUGCUGAUUCAUCAGCAGCCAUUUCUCUUGCUCCCCCAGGUCUCCCAUGGUUAAAAGGGGGAUGGGCACUGAUCAUAUGUAACAGUGCAAUGAUGUGUCCCUUGUCUCUGCUACUCAUUAGUGAUCUUAACAUUUGUAUGAUUUAAAUUACCAAAUCAAAGAUUGCUGUAGAAUUUUAAUGUGUAUUAAUUUUGAAUGUAGCCAAUCAGAUUGAAAAGGGUAUA